ACCGACACGAACGAAGAAAACAUCAUUUCCAUUCUAAACCAAAUGAUUUUGCGAUUGAAAGUGGUCUAUUUCGUCAGUGUUUAUUAUUUGAGAUUAAUUAAUACGCUAUGAAUAAUGCUUAUAUUAUUAGUCAUUUAUUUAUAUUUUAUCUGAAGAUUAAAUGAAAUGUGCAUUAUGAAGAAGUUACAAAUAACAUUGUUUAUUUUGGGAUCAUGCGGCUUUGUCUCAUUGUUGGGGAAAGGCGGAGAGGGAAGUACGGAGUUGUCCCGCACUUUGGAUGAGCGCCCGUUGUUGUUUGCUACCCUGGGGGGUGGUAUGGUUGCCGUUGAACCUGUGGCUGGAAAUAUAAUAUGGAAACUUAAAGACGAACCAGUAGUAAAAGUACCAAAUCAGCAUGCAAACUUAAUGCCCCAAUUUCUCCCGGAUCCAAGACAUGGUUUUCUCUAUAUGUAUGGUCCCCGAGGAGAUCAGCAGAUGCUCAAGAAGCUUCCAUUCACGAUACCAGAAUUGGUAGCUAAUGCACCCUGUCGUUCCACUGAGGGCAUCUUGUAUACAGGAAAGAAAAGUGACACUUGGUUCAGGUUGGAUCCUUUGACUGGUUCAAGGGAGCAUGUAUCAGGUUUUGAUAAAUCCAAAAUAUUUAAAAGCGACGACGAAAAUACAUGUGAUCCUGAAAAAAAGAGAGGUGUUUACGUCGCUCGAACUGAAUACAACAUUCUGAUGCAUGAUUCCAAGAACUCCAAUCACAAGUGGAAUGUCACAUUUUUCGAUUAUACGUCGCAUGCUAUGGGCAAAGAAAUGUUAAAUGAUUAUGGAAUCAUACAUUUCACCUCAACGUCCAGUGGCCGAGUGAUGUCGUUUGAUAGAAAAACCGGCGACCUAGUGUGGUCUCAUAACUUCGAAACGCCAGUAGUAGCCGCCUAUUUGUUAGACAGAGAGGGUCUUAUCUCCGUACCCUUUAAUUCUAUAGGGGAUGACACCCUCGAUCAUAUUAUGGAAGAUGCCACAACUUUGAGCAAUGGACAGGGCAUCAAGAACUCUAAUAUUGAAUUGUACCCAACAUUGUAUGUUGGCGAGCAUAACCACGGCUUGUACGCCCUAUCAUCACUCGUCGACAAGAAUACCAAUACGAUAUCGACAGGUUUCACGCAACCGUUACUACUGGAAGGCCCGACCACAGACAAUGUCGCCAACACAGAAAAUUCAAAAUACGAACCCUUCACGAACAUACAUUACAAAUUAAACAACAUAAAUCUUCAUGUAUCAGCUCCAUAUUUACUCUUAGGACACUAUAAAGUACCAGAACUUACGACGUCAUGGAUGCCCCAGCUUCCAAAUAUGAAUUUGAAUACACGCGAGCCGAAAAGUGUUUCAAUAAAAUUGAUCGAUGGAAAAGUACACUCUGAUACGGAUAAGGAUGUCGAGAAUGAGACGAAUCUUAAGUCUUCUGUUAGCGUGUCUGUACAAACAGAUGAAUUUUUCGAAGGAUUUAGAUUUAGACCCGACAUGUGGUACAAACAGGCUUAUAUCUGGCUUCAUCAACAAGAAAACAAGGCGUUGAAAGUGGCGCUAAUAAUUUUGGUCGGAUUAGUCAUAACUAUGUUCUGGUACCUCCGUUAUCAGGCUCGAGAAUUCCAGCAACUGUCUCAAGGCGGAUCCCGUACCUCCAACACGUCAACCGCCUCAAAUGGGGAGGUGACUGGCCAGUUAGUGGAAGUCGGAGAUGGGGAGGUCAAGAUUGGGAGGAUUAGCUUUCACACAGACCAAGUGCUAGGGAAGGGCUGCGAGGGAACAUUUGUUUAUAGAGGAACAUUCGACAAACGCGCUGUAGCUGUGAAGCGGUUGCUACCAGAAUGUUUUACGUUCGCCGACCGCGAGGUGGCGCUACUGCGCGAGUCAGAUGCGCAUGCGCACGUCGUCCGGUACUAUUGUACAGAGAGGGAUAAGCAGUUUCGGUACAUAGCAUUAGAGCUGUGUUCAGCUACAUUGCAGGACUAUGUUGAGAAGAAGCUAAACUUCGAGUGUCGUAUAGAUGGCGUGGAGGUGUUGCGUCAGGCCGCUUUGGGACUUUCACAUUUGCAUUCCAUGGAUAUAGUGCACAGAGAUAUAAAACCCCACAACGUUCUUCUGUCAAUGCCGACGGGAACCGGCGAGGUGCGCGCCAUGAUAUCAGACUUCGGUCUUUCGAAGAAACUUAACAUCGGCCGCGUCAGUUUCUCCAGAAGGUCGGGCGUUACCGGUACUGAGGGCUGGAUUGCGCCAGAGAUGAUCAAUGGGGAGAGAACUACUACAUCCGUUGAUAUAUUUUCUUUGGGCUGCGUGUUUUACUAUGUAUUAUCAAAGGGGCAACAUCCAUUCGGUGACAUGCUCCGACGACAAGCGAAUAUACUUACCGGAGAAUACAACUUGGACCAUCUUGAUCGUGUGUUGCCGGAAGAGGAAGUGGUUCUGACCAAGAUCCUGAUCCGUGCUAUGAUAUCCCCUCGUCCCCAUGCGAGGCCGCCAUGUGAGACCGUACUCAAGUACCCCAUGUUCUGGGGAAAGCAGAGCAUACUCAACUUUUUACAGGACGUGAGCGACCAAGUGGAGAGCUGCACAACAACGACGCAACACCCGCUGGAGACGGGCGCUCGGGCGGUGCUGCGCGGGGACUGGCGCGCGCGCGUGUGCGGCGUCGUGGCCGGCGACCUGCGCGCGCGCCGCUCCUACCGCGGGGACCGCGCCGCGCACCUGCUGCGCGCCAUACGGAACAAGAAACAUCAUUACCGAGAGUUGGACCCCGAAGUGAAGGACACGCUCGGUAAAUUGCCCGAUGGUUUUGUCACCUAUUGGCUUCGAAGAUUCCCAUUGCUGCUACCCCACGUGUGGCUCCAAAUGCAGCAAUAUCGUAAUGAAGACAUUCUCCAAGCGUACUAUCCACACUCUUUUACUUUUGACAGAGAAGACGUACAAGAAUUUGAUGACAGUAAUUUUGACGAAGAAUUCCCUUCCGAAUUAGCCAAUACUGAGAUAAACGAUUUGUUCGUUAAAAGCAAAAUUUAUUACGAUGAAAACAACCCAGAUCGAUCUCCGAAACAUUACAAGAAAGAGGGGUCUCUAUAUAAACGCUUGGACUGGCGAAACGAAGCGAGACACUUCCAGUCGAGAAAAGAUGACGUCAGAUUGAGAGACCGCCAUCACUAUAAGAAGAAAGAGAAGAAACGAGAAGACAUGCCAAUUUGGACUUUACCGCCCCAGACGUAAGCACAAAAUUAUUUAGGUACAGAAUUACGUUUUGUGAUAAUUUGUGGUGAUGUUUUGUAUGUAAAUAGUGAUCGUUUUGAUCGGUAUGCCGUGCCACAACUAGGCCUAAGGAAUAAUAUUAUUGUUUUUGUUCUGUUCAUAUGGAAAAUAAUGGUAGUUAAAAAAGGGAUAUAAAAAAUUACAGCGCUAUGAAUUUACUAU